AUGUCUCCUCUCUCGGUUCCCAAGAUCUUCAUGGCCGGCGGCGCCGUAGGCUUCGGCUACUACCUCUACAUGCGCCAAUACUGGUUCCCAAACCCGUACAAGACUCAGGGCGUGCAAAACAUCGAGGAUCGCUUCUCCGCAGCAGGCGGUUCCCCAACACACACACCAGCUGGCGGCAGCAAGCUGGGAAGCACAACGGACAAUACGAGUAGGUACGAGAGCACCAACAAGGGAGGCCCUGAAUCGGAGCAUUUCAAGGCCAAUAUUUCGGAUCAGCAAAGUGAGCCUGUUUGGCCGCAGAAAUUCUACGAGCAGCAGUACAAUAACCCAAAGGGCAAAUAA